AUGUCUGUUGAAAUAUCCGUGAAAGAACUAAUAUCCGGUUGUAAUCACAUGCUUUUGCUACAAAUUCCUGCUGAACUCCGAAGCUUUCUAAUUAAUCUUCACCUAACCGGAAUAACAUUUGCUAUCCCACCUUUAUUAAGUGUAACCAAUUAUGCGUUUUUUGGUAGAUGGUCUCCACCUAAUUUAUUUCAAUUUAAACAAGACUUCUUUCUACAUUUACGUGAUAAAGAUCUUGAAGGACCACUUUUAUUUCAAGAUUCAGAGUUUAUCUUCAAGGAUUAA